CUGGAUAACGAUGGGAAGAGCAAGCAGAUGGCUGGGCCGUCUAUGGGGAGGGAAGAAGCACGUGGAGAAGAACAGCGGCGACGAGAAUCAGAAAUCGCGGCAAAGGUGCGCCGGCAAUCCCUUCGGCAAGGGAAAGGCGUCUCCAUCGUCGGUCUCAGUCUCUGGGUCGCGGACUCACUCCCACAGGGACUCGUUCUUCUUCGACGCUGCAGAGAAGGAACAAAACAUGCACGCUAUAGCAGUAGCAGCUGCCACUAUGGCAGCUACCGAUGCUGCUGUAGCGGCAGCUCAAGCUGCGGCGGCUGUGGUCAGGCUAACCACCAAAGGCAGGAAUUUAGUAUUCUCCGGCCGUGAGCGGCGGGCCGCCAUCACUAUCCAGACUAUGUUCCGCGGCUUCCUGGCAAGAAAAGCACUCAGAGCCCUGAAAGGACUGGUGAAGUUGCAGGCAUAUGUUAGAGGCUACCUGGUUCGGAAAGAAGCUGCCAAAACGUUAUACAGUAUGAAGGCACUUCUCCGAGCUCAGGCUGCACUACGCAUGGGCAAGGCACACUCUUCCUCCUCCUCCAAGGACCGAAAGUUUCACGGCGAACCUCGCCGGCGCAGGCUCAUUGAGCAAUUUGAUGGGGCAAGAACCGAAAAUGUGCCUGCCAUCCACGGUAGCCAUGCAGUUUAUGGCUUCACGGGAAGAGAGAUUCUGAAGAUCGUCGAGAUGGACGGUACACCAAGACAGAAACCCCGGCGGCACAGAAGAAAUCCGGCCGUUUUUGAGUCGUUCACAUCUUUCUCACCGUACGAGCUUUCUCCCCGCCACCCUUCAGACACCUUUGCUUCCUCUACUCCAUCUAGAUCCGCAGCUGAUCGGGACGUGCCAGGCAACCACCGCCGCCGGUCUGUCACCGCGCACAACACGCCUCGCUUCGCAGGUUCCUACAUCCAGGAGACUCGGUCGGCGCUUGGAGAAAGUACAAGGAGCUGCCAGAGCAGCAUCGCCAGCUAUAGCUGCACGGCCAAUUUUCCAGCCAGCUCCCAGUCAAAGGCACGGGCGCAGAGUGCUCCUAAACAGCGCAUGGAUCCAGUCAUGAGGAAAAUCUUGUCUCUUCAAGAGGCAAUUGAGACAGGGGCCAGUUUGAAAGAACUGGGGAUGCACAGAACUUGCUCAACAGAUCAGGAAUCGUUCAGUUUCAAGAACGUAGUGCUCAACCGGCUCGAUCGCUCGCCGGAACCCGGCCGGAGCCCACGCCUGGACAGCAACCAAUUGAUCUCCCCUCGAAGUCAGUGGUGAAGGAGAGAUCUCAAGAUGUUAAAAGAUUCACAGUAAUACGCUUUCUUUCUGUUCUGUCUUUGCUGGAUCCAUUUUCUAAAAAUCACAUGAGCCUUUCAACUAAAUGAUGAGAAUAGAUGAAGCAAUAGAUCAAGGCAUGCAGAGCAGCUAAAGUUACUAUCUCAGAUCAGCUCCAUAGGAUUGAUUUGAACAACGCAGAAGAGUUUAC